CACAUCACAGUGUGUGUGGAGCCUGACAUUCCUCGCAGGGCUGUGUGUGUGUUAUCACUGCGCCUGUUUCAUUGGCGAGCGUGUGUUCGGACAUCUAACCCCCCUCCAACUCCCCCCCCCCACUUCCUGAGGCCUGUCACCACGACAACCAUGGACUGCGGAUUGCGUCUGCCGCCCGUCAUCGAGGAGGUCUUGGAUCCUGCAGACGAUGUGUGCGACUUCAAAGCGGAGCGGCCAGGUUUAGGCAGAGAAAUGACGGCCAAAGAGCGAGGCUCACUGGAGGAUAACGAGGAAAGAGACCAGGAGGAGGUGGAGGCCGGAAAUGGAGAGAAGGGGCAGGAGGAUGAGCGGGAGAAGAAGGAGGUGAAGGAGGAGGAGAAGGAGGGGGAAAGAGAGGAGCAAAGAGGAGUGGAUGAAGAAGAUGAACUGGAGGUACUGAGGUCGCAGGUGGUGCAGCUGCUCCUGGAGCUGGAGGAGACCAGAGAAGUGUCGCAACGACACGAGGAGAGCUACAACGAGCUUCAGGGUCUUUUGGAGGAAGAGCGGCUGGCAAGCGCCCACCAGGCAGAGAGCUUUACGAGACAGAUCCAGAGACUUCAAGCCCAGCUGCGUUCAGUGCAAGAGGAGCUGGACAGUCUUGAGGAGGAGAAGGCCAGCGAGCUGUGGGAGGCGCAGGAGGAGCUGCGUGUGGCACAGGAGGAGGUGCAGGAGCUGCAGCAGUCGGCGGAGGAGGCGGCAGCGGAGCGAGAGAAUGACAUCGCCCUGCUGCAGGAGGAACUGUGCCGUGUGCGCGCCGCGCUGGAGCGUCUGCGCGGCACCACGCAGGAGUACGAGCUAGAGCUGACCACCCUGAGGGCCGAAAUCAGCAUGAAGAACCAGCGCAGAGAAGAGCAGGAGAAAGCAGGAGGAGAAGGUGACAUGGACCAGCUGAUGGAGGAGUGUCGCUGCUUGAAGGACGAGUGUCAGACUCUGAAGAAUGACAACAAGCAGCUCUCUGAGAAACUGGAGAUGUUGGAGCAGCAGCGAGCCAGCUCAGCUGAAUCAUGCCUGGUCCUCAAAGCAGAGCAGACUGAUGGAGAAAAUGACACAGAAAAAGUUGUAGAAAAAGAGGUGAAGGCUGAGGGUUUCGUCAACACGUUGGAAGUAGGAGGUGGGAAUCCGAUGGACGCUUACACCCAAAAGAACAUCUCGUUUGAGGGGAAACCCAUCACGCCGACGGGGAUGAGUGGAGGGUUUUCAGAGGUGUUCUCCCUCAGAGACCAGCUGAAACAAGCCGAGGAGAAAGCAUCACAGGUCCAGAGAGAGUGUGAGGGACUAAAAGGAGAGCUUGUGGAACUGCAGGGGCGGUAUGAGAGCAGCCGGAGGGAGAGGGCGGAGCUAGAGGCGGAGCUGCAGCGUUGUAGGGCGGAGCUUGAUCGGCUGGCCGGGAGGAAGGCUCAGAGCUCCACUCCUUCGUCUGAGUGCCCUAUUCUCUCCAUACACUUCAUAGGAAUGGUUGUAAUAAUGGGCCUGAUAUGGUGCUGCUGGAAGGAGCUCUUGUCCUAAAGGGGGAAAGGAGAGUGAGGGAGACUGGAACCUGGUGAUGGUUGUUGCAGUGGCAGCAGCAGCAGUUCUACUCAUUCCUAGUUUCACCAGAGCUCUGGCCUGAGACCUGGACAGGAAGUGACCUCAUCGUCCCACUCUGCCCAUGAUACACAAUUCUAUCACCCUGACCACACUUUAACCACCAAUGGGAACUGAAAACCACCACUCAGCUGGGAACACGAUAACACAUAGCUUCCAAACAUGAUGCUUUUUGGUGUGCUUCGUGAUGCUGGUUGUUUUGCCGUCUCAACUGCUUUGCUCUGCUUUUGUAGACAAUCAUAUCCGUUUCGACCAGCAGUGCAACAGACACUGGCGCCAGGCUGUGAGUAUUUAAACUGUCAGAAUGGACGACAACUCUGAGAGCUUCUGAUUGAUCUGGCUCCCCGCUUUCCAUUUCAUUAGUUGUUUUCUUUCGCAAAACUGUUUGCCUUAUCACUUUUCAAUAGAACAUUUGCACAUUUGACCUCUAUAAGCAGAUUACUGAUCACUUGGGGAACGAAGAGGACACCGUUUUCAUCAACAAUGCUUUGGAUGCAACAUAUCACUUUGUGGCUUCAUUGCUUUUGGAUUAGGUACAGUAGGAGCAUGCAGUACUUAUUUAAUCUUCCUGGAUCUUCCCAUUUUUAAUAAUUACUUAUCGAAGUCUCAAUAGAGUCAGAAUCAUGUGUUUAGGUUCACUUACCGAAAACUUCUUUCACUUUCGACCAUGGCAUGUUCUCUUUGGUUUCUAACUCAAAAACUCUGUAGGUAACUGUACAGUACUUCUCUAUAUGCUAGCGAAGGAGAAUACUCAUCUAAUGUAUACUAUUUGUCAUUUUUACAUACAUUUUGGUGAAAAACCUCAAAGUUUAAGGUUAUUCUAGCAAGUUAAUGUGCUUAUUUUAAACUUACACAGAUAUUUUUGUAUCUGAAUUGUUUAUUCCAAGACAUUAAAUUUGUAGAUUGAUUUUAUGUGUGCAGAUUGAUAAAUGAUGCUAAAGAGUGAUAGAUAUUUUUUAUACAAGGGUUGACUAAUGCAUACACUUAAAGAACACUAAAAGAAUUCUGAAACAAGUGUCAUGAGCAAGCACAGAUCUACUGUAUUCCACUAAUGUUGCAUUGAUGAUUUCUUCUGAGGUUAUUUGCCGUUUUAUUUUUUCGCAUGUUUGCAAUAACAAAACACAGCUGACAUAUAUAUCUAUACAAUCUCUUCUCUGCAAAGAAACUGACAGAGUUUGAAAGGUUUUACAGAAAGUACAAAAUGUCAUGAAAAAGUGGUUCUCAUCUGGUGUCUGGACCCAAAAAACGAGAUGCAGGACGUUUAUUUUAGGAAAAACUAUCCUAAAAUAAAAUUAAAAUACUGUAGCAAAAUGAAAAAGCUUAUAAAAAUGCAAAAUAAGACCUGAAAUGCUUUCCAUACCUUUCGUAGUCAGUAAAUCUUCACAAAUCGUAUCAUUCAUAUCACUGGACCUAUGCAGUUCAUGCUAAUAUUAAUAAAUGUUAAAUGUUUGACCUUCUUUUUUUCUCUCUCAAAAUACGAAAAAUAUUUUGUUCGUUUAUUUGGUUGCCACUUGAUGUCAGUGUAAAAACCAGCUGAGAACUACUAUCAUAAACCCUUACAUAACAGCAUGAAAAAGAUGUUUCUUACAAUGCAAUUCAAAUCUGUAGCACAAACAACAUAAAUAGCAUGCACUGAGUAGCUAGCUAAUAAGAAUGCUAGAAGCAGAAACUUCAAUACUGCCUUUCACCAAAAAAAAAGUUAUAAUGAUAAGAAACUUGUCUUAAAU